AUGGAAAAGUCCAAGAGCUCGCUUUCCUUUGCGUCUUCAACUUCAUUGUCGCCCGAAGCUGAAAUGGAGAAUGCAAUUUGGCAAGAAAAAUACCUCGUGGAAGACGAAUACGUAUGGACUCUGUCUGAGGAUUUGAAAGAAGUUGCCAGACUGGAAGUUGGCGAAACUGAAGAAGUUCGCAAUGAGGGUCUGGCUUACAUGCGCGAAUUCAUCAGGGAGGACUCGAGACUCACUUACUGCAGACGAGAUGCUAAUUUUUUGCUGAGGUUUUUGCGCAUGAAGAAAUUCAACUUGGAGGCCGCGAAGGAGACGCUGGAGAAAUAUUUGCGGAUGCGAGCUGAGAUUCCCGAGUGGUACCAGAACCUUGACAUCAAUGACCCGGCUCUUAACGAUAUCGUCUCUUCUGGCUGCACUAUCGUGCUUCCAGAAAGAGACAGUCAUGGACGGAAGGUUUUGUUCCAUUGCGCAAAGAUGUUCGAUCUUUCAAAAUACGGAGCCGCAGAUUUGAUCAGAGCGCAUAUUUUGAACUUUGAAACGGCUUUGGAAGAUGAAGAAAACCAAAUCCGAGGCUUCACUUACAUUUUCGACUUCAAGGAAGUUUCCAUUCCCUACAUCAGUGUUUGGACUCCAACUCAAUUCCAUAAAGUUGUGUCGCAAGGAGAACGCUUUUUGCCCAUGAGACACCAGGCAGUCAAUUUGGUGAACCAACCCAUGGGAUUUUUCCUCAUCUACGAAUUUGCGAAGCACGUUCUGAGCGAGAAGAUUCGAUCUCGUAUCAACUUGUACAGAUCGGACAAGUCGAUGAAAAAGUUGCUGCCCCAGCAAUGCAUUCCCUUGGAGUACGGAGGACUAGUUUCACUCAAAGAAAUGGGACGGCAAUGGAGAGACGUUUUGGUGGAGAAGAGAGAGAGUGUGGCUGGACUUGACAGAAUGAUUGUGGAAUUCGAAGCCGCUCAUUUGAAAUUGAACAAGAAAAGCUCAAGUUGGGUCAGUUUGUCUCGUUGGUUCAGCAGCAGACAAAAAUCAGUGGCUGCGACCAACGAUGAUGUCAAGGCAGAAUGGAACAGUGCCAGGUUCAAG